AUGCAGCACAAGGACGCAAAAGGCAGACCACAAAAAUUACAAAUUAGAGAAGAGGUGGAGGUGCUAACAAAGCAACAAACGCAAGCCACUUCUAAGGCUAAGACCAGCAACAAACAGGAGACUGGCGCUUAUGGAUUCCUCGGCAUGAACAGCUUAAGCUUUUCACAGGAUGCAGCAGGAAGCGCGAAGAUCUUUACUGUCCCACGCCCAAGAGCAAGGUUCGCAGCUAAGGGACAGAGCCAGAACCUUAGGAUUGUGCUGGCCAACAUUAGAAACUACACCACUACAGCAUCUAGGGUGCUUGGCCACGGCGAACUGGAAGAUAUCAAUUUCUGGAAUGGAGCAGCUGCGGCGCGUAGUAGCCAAAUACAGACUCGCGUUGUGGCUAGAAAAGGAGAAGACAAAGAAUAG